UUUUUGAUAAAAUUUACGCCCACCUCGGUGAUGAUCUGUAACCAUCACUCAAUGUGACGGUAUUUGAAAGCCUUUGUUUUUAGGAUCGAUAUUUGAAUUUUGAAAGCCCUAACCCUAAAUGUUGCGGGGUCCAACUAAAAAAAAGUUGUGGUUUUACUCUGCUCACUCCAAAAUAUCCCGUCUCGUCUCUUGGAAAUUUGCAGCCACCGGAAUACAAGUUUCAGACCGCGUGCCGCCCGCCGCAAGACUCUGUUAGUUAGUUUAGUACAAUCGGCGAACCUAUUCUCGGUUCAAAAAUACAAUCUUGGAUGGUGAAGAUUUAAAGAGGGUUUACUGUUAGUAUCUCACCGCGAAUACCGACCGUGUCAUCUGGCAUACAUGGAAUCUGCACGGCGGCGUCCGGCCAUGGGGGACACGGUGGUGCUCAACCCCGGGCUCGGCGUGGGCCACCUGGUGCCCAUGGUGGAGCUGGCCAGGCCCUUCCUGCGCGGCGGCCUCGCCGUCACCGUCAUCGUCAACGUCCCGCCGGGCAAGGCCACGGACACCUCGGCCGCCGUCGCGCGCGCCGCGGCGGCCAACCCGUCCGUCCGCUUCCACGUGCUGCCCACGCCGCCGGACGCCGACGCCGACGCGGUGGCCCCGGACGCCGCCGAGGCGCCCAACCCCUUCGUCCUCCUGCGCCGCAUGAACGCGCCGCUCCGUGACUACCUCCGCUCGGUGCUGCCCUCCGUGCGCGCCCUCGUCCUCGACAUGUUCUGCUUCUGCGCGGACGCCGUCGACGUCGCCGCCGACCUCGGCGUGCCGGUCUACGUCUUCUACACCGGCAGCGCCAGCAGCCUCGCGGUCAACCUCUACCUCCCGCGCAUGCAGGCCCAGAUCGGCGACGCCAGCCUCGGCGAGAUCGGCGACGCGCCGCUCUCCUUCCCCGGGAACCGCCCCUUCAAGCCCACCGACCUCCCCGGGCUCGCGCUCGACCGCCACAACGAGGUGUACAAGAGCUUCCUGCACGCGUUCCAGCGGAUCCCGGAGUCCCGGGGCAUCGUCAUCAACAGGUUCGAGUGGCUGGAGGGCAGGGCGCUGCGCGCGCUCCGGGACGGCGCGUGCGUCCCCGGCCGCGCCACGCCGCCGGUGUACUGCGUCGGGCCCAUGAUCUCAGCCGGCGGCGGUGGCGGUGGCGGUGAAGAGAAGAAGCACGAGUGCCUGGCGUGGCUGGACGCGCAGCCGGAGAAGAGCGUCGUGUUCCUCUGCUUCGGGAGCAUGGGCACCUUCCCCAAGACGCAGCUGGAGGAGAUCGCCGUCGGGAUGGAGCGGUCCGGGCAGAGAUUCCUGUGGGUGGUGCAGAGCCCGCGCAGCGCGGACGGCGGGCCGGACCUGCUCGCGGACGCGCUCGCCGAGCCGGACCUCGCCGCGCUGCUGCCGGAGGGGUUCCUGGAGCGGACCGGCGGCCGCGGCCUGGUCGUCAAGUCGUGGGCGCCGCAGGCGGACGUGCUGCGCCACCGCGCGACGGGCGCCUUCGUGACGCACUGCGGGUGGAACUCGACGCUGGAGGCGAUCGUGGCGGGCCAGCCGCUCAUCUGCUGGCCGCUGUACGCGGAGCAGAGGCAGAACAAGGUGUUCGUGGUGGAGGAGAUGGGCGCCGGCGUGGAGAUGGCCGGGUACGACGGGGAGGUGGUGGCGGCGGCGGAGGUGGAGGCCAAGGUGCGGUGGGUGAUGGAGUCCAAGGGCGGGGAGGCGCUGCGGGAGCGAGCCAUGGCGGCCAAGGAGAAGGCGCUCGAGGCGCUGCAGGAAGGUGGAGCAUCCCGGACGGCGUUUGCUGAGUUUCUUAGAGAUCUUUAGAGCCUGUUUAGAACAUAGAUUAUCGUCGUGUUACAGUUUUGUCGAAUCAUAUCACGUGAAAUGAAAAAACCAGAACUUAGAUUAUCAUCGUCGAUGAAUUCUGACGGCGAUCACAUCGCCGUCGAACUGCGACGACGGCGAUGCCAUU